AAACAAGUUGUGAUGAUACUCAAGAAUUUCGGUCCGGGAUUACUCUGAGAAAGUGCAAGUAACAAUGAUAAGUCAUCAUGGGUGUGGACAAGGUAGCAAUCACAACUUCAGAAGGAACAUGGGAGCUGCCCCUUGCAGCCAUAUUUUGUAUUGCCAUAGCUGUUUAUGUUCUUCUUAUAAUUAUUGGUCUUAGCAUUAGACAAUGUUUACUGAAGAAAGGUGUGUGUGGGGGAGGCUGUCCUCAUAUCCCUUGCUGUAACUGUGCUGAAAUGGGCUUACGAUGUGCCCAAGCCUGUUCUUGCUGUGGGCCAAAGCCUUCAUGUUCAAUGCUGUUAGACUGUUGUUGCCCAGGAAAUCAGGAAUGCACUUGCCUCCAGCUGGAGGCAUGUGGACCUUGUCCAGAUUGCUCAGAGUGUACAUCCUGCACAAGUUGCUGUGAGAAUCCUUGCAUAGACUGCAACAACUGCUAUAACUGGUGCUCUGCUCCUUCUGCAUGUUCUCCAGGACCUUUGUGCGACUGUAGUAGUUGCACUUGCAGUUGCACAACACCCGAGUGCUCCACAAUAAAUUGUCUUUGUUGUGAGAUAACUAUUAAAGGUCGUGGACCACAGGGUGACACUUAAUAUAGUCUUGUGAAACUGAGAAAUUUAAUGAUUUUUUAACUGUAGUUUUAAAAUUCCUCAACUUCUGAUGCUGUAUUUUUUUGGAUUUAGUUUUAUAUGAAUUUAUUUUUAUACUUCCAGUGUGCUGUUUUGAUAAUUUUGACUUGUAAGUUAUUAUUAUUAUUUUUUCUUUCAGUCAUUUUAUCAGAAUAAGUUAAUUCUUAAGUUUGUGACAAAUGGAAAUUUUCCCUGCAAUAUACUUUUGUAUGUUUUGUAUCUACUAGUCAUUAUUUUAGUGGUUAUUAUGAAGAUAAUUUCAUAGUAAUUCUUGUAUAUGAGAGGAAGUAUUGCUGAAACAAACAUAUCAGUGUACCUGCUAUUCCAUCCAGUAUGUAAAUACCUUGAGUUUGCUAUUUUUGUAAGAGUACAAAUUUAGAUUUAAUUUUUGAGAUUUUUUGUGUGAAUUACAUUAUUAAUUGAUUUAAGUAGUGAAAGCUUACUGUGUACUAACCUGCUAAUACCUCAAUGGUUAAUGGUUAAAAUAAAUGUGCUAGACAUCUAAGGUCAUAUAGCACUAUAGGAAGGUACAAUAAAGGGUAGUGAAGGGUUAGUAGUCAGUUGCUAUGCAUCAACUGUCAAGAGUAAUAUUACAAAGGUUAAAGAUGGGUAAAGGAGUUGAUGAGUGAACAGUGGGGUUAUGUAGAUCAGGUGAAGGAUAUGUAUGCGUCUGCGGGAGAACAGGUUGUCAAAGCAGAGGAGGAUGUGUAAGAAAAGUCUCUUGGAGGCAGAUAAUGAAUGGGUUAUAAGAAGAAAGGAUAUGACGAGGGUCAGGUCUGUGAU